UGACAAAAAAAAAAAUAAGCAUCUGAAGAAUGCGAAAUCAUACAGCAAUAACAGAGUUUAUUCUCCUGGGACUGUCAGACGACCCAAAGUUUCAGGUUGUUAUCUUUGUAUUUCUGCUCAUCACCUACCUGCUCAGCAUCACUGGGAAUCUGACCAUUAUCACCCUGACCCUGUUGGACUCCCACCUUCAGACUCCCAUGUAUUUCUUUCUCAGAAAUUUUUCCUUAUUGGAAGUUUCAUUCACUACUGUCAGUAUCCCCAAAUUCCUGGGUACCAUUAUUUCAGGAGAUAAAACCAUUUCAUUUAAUGAUUGCUUUGCUCAGUUAUUUUUUUUCAUUCUCUUGGGAGUCACUGAAUUUUACCUACUAGCUGCCAUGUCAUAUGACCGUUACAUCGCCAUCUGUAAACCUCUGCAUUAUAUGACCAUCAUGAGUCGGAAAGUCUGCAUACUCCUAGUCUUUACUUCAUGGCUGAUUUCAUUCUUAAUUAUAUUCCCUGCACUUAUGUUACUCUUAAGCCUUGAUUACUGUAAAUCCAAUGUUAUUGACCAUUUUACCUGUGAUUAUUUUCCCCUGCUGCAACUUUCUUGUUCAGACACAAAAUUCCUGGAGAAAAUGGGAUUCACCUGUGCUGUGUUUACAUUAAUGUUCACUUUAGCACUGAUAUUUCUGUCCUACAUAUAUAUUAUAAGGACUAUUUUAAGAAUUCCUUCUACUAGUCAAAGGACAAAGGCAUUUUCUACUUGUUCUUCUCACAUGAUUGUCAUUUCCAUCUCUUAUGGCAGCUGCAUUUUUAUGUACAUUAAACCCUCAGCAAAAGCAAGAGUAUCUUUGAGCAAAGGAGUGGCUGUGCUAAACACUUCAGUAGCUCCCAUGCUGAACCCUUUUAUUUAUAGUUUAAGGAAUCAGCAAGUCAAGCAAGCCUUCAUGGACAUGGCAAGAAAAACUAUUUGGCUCAAGCAAAUGAAAUGAUA